AAGUAGAGCUUCAGAGAUACGCACAGGCAGAGGGAGUCCUCUUGACGUUUCGAGUCAGUGGUGCUCCCCUCCCAGGGUUCUUUUCCUUCUUUUCCCAGGAUCUCCCCCUCCUUGCCUUGCUAGGUCUCCUCUUCCUAAUCUAGGAUCUCCAUUUCCAACUCCUCCACCGCCCCUGCACACACAGGGACAGGAUGCUGAAGAAGUUUGAUAAAAAGGACGAGGAAUCGGGUGGGGGUUCCAAUCCAUUCCAACACCUGGAGAAAAGUGCUGUGCUGCAAGAAGCUCGAGUAUUCAACGAGACACCCAUAAACCCUAGGAAAUGUGCUCAUAUCCUCACCAAGAUUUUGUAUCUCAUAAACCAGGGGGAAUACCUCGGAGUAAUGGAAGCUACAGAAUCCUUCUUUGCGAUGACCAAGCUGUUCCAGUCCAAUGAUCCAAUUCUCCGCAGAAUGUGUUACCUGACCAUCAAAGAGAUGUCUAACAUUUCAGAGGAUGUCAUCAUAGUGACUAGCAGCUUAACAAAAGAUAUGACUGGGAAAGAUGACAAUUAUAGAGGCCCUGCUGUGCGAGCACUCUGCCAGAUCACUGAUACGACCAUGUUGCAAGCUAUUGAGCGUUACAUGAAGCAAGCAAUUGUUGACAAGGUGCCCAGCGUGUCCAGCUCUGCCCUUGUGUCAUCUUUGCACCUUCUGAAGACCAGCUUUGACGUGGUAAAGCGUUGGGUGAAUGAGGCUCAGGAGGCAGCUUCAAGUGACAACAUAAUGGUCCAAUAUCACGCACUUGGCCUGCUCUAUCAUGUGCGCAAGAAUGACCGCUUGGCUGUCAACAAGAUGCUUAACAAGUUCAUGCGCCAUAGCCUGAAAUCACCUUUUGCCUAUUGCAUGAUGAUCAGAGUAGCCAGCAAAUUGCUAGAAGAAGAAGCUGGAAGCCGGGACAGCCCCCUGUUUGACUUCAUCGAGAGCUGCUUAAGGAACAAGCAUGAGAUGGUGGUCUAUGAAGCUGCAUCUGCCAUUGUCAACCUGCCCAGCUGCACAGCCAAAGAGCUGGCACCCGCUGUGUCUGUGUUGCAGUUGUUCUGCAGUUCCCCCAAAGCGGCACUUCGCUAUGCAGCAGUUCGAACCCUCAACAAGGUGGCUAUGAAGCAUCCAUCUGCUGUGACUGCCUGUAACUUGGACCUGGAGAACCUAGUGACAGACUCCAACCGCAGCAUUGCCACCCUGGCCAUCACAACCCUGCUGAAAACUGGCAGUGAGAGUAGUAUUGACCGGCUCAUGAAGCAGAUCUCCUCCUUCAUGUCUGAAAUCUCAGAUGAGUUCAAGGUUGUGGUGGUACAAGCUAUCAGUGCCCUGUGUCAGAAGUAUCCACGCAAGCAUGCGGUCCUCAUGAACUUCCUCUUCACGAUGCUCCGUGAAGAGGGUGGCUUUGAGUACAAACGAGCCAUUGUUGAAUGUAUCAUUGGCAUCAUUGAAGAGAACUCGGAGAGCAAGGAGACCGGCCUCUCGCACCUGUGCGAGUUUAUCGAGGACUGUGAGUUCACUGUCCUGGCCACUCGCAUUCUACACCUGCUGGGUCAGGAAGGGCCCAAGACCAACCACCCUUCAAAGUACAUCCGUUUCAUUUACAACAGAGUCGUCUUGGAGCACGAAGAGGUCAGAGCAGGAGCUGUGAGUGCUCUGGCCAAGUUUGGGGCUCAGAAUGAGGAGAUGUUGCCAAGCAUCCUAGUGCUGCUGAAGAGGUGUGUGAUGGACGAUGACAAUGAAGUGAGAGACAGGGCCACAUUCUACUUGAGUGUUUUGGAGCAGAAGCAAAAGGCGCUCAAUGCCGGCUACAUUCUGAAUGGAUUGACAGUAUCCAUUCCUGGCCUGGAGAGGGCACUGCAUCAGUAUACUUUGGAGCCCUCUGAGAAACCCUUUGACCUGAAGUCAGUUCCCUUGGCAACAGCCCCCAUCACUGAACAGAGGACAGAAAAUGCUCCUGUUUCUGCAGUCAAGCAGCCAGAGAAAGUUGCAGCAACCCGGCAAGAAAUUUUCCAAGAACAACUGGCUGCUAUCCCAGAAUUCCGUGGACUUGGCCCAUUGUUCAAAUCCUCCCCUGCGCCAGUGGCUCUUACAGAAUUGGAGACAGAGUAUGUGAUCCACUGUACCAAGCACAUGUUCACCACCCACAUGGUGUUCCAGUUUGACUGCACAAACACCUUGAAUGAUCAGAUCCUGGAAAAUGUCACAGUGCAGAUGGAGCCAACUGAGGGCUAUGAGGUCAUUGGUUACAUACCUGCCAAAAGCUUGCUGUACAAUCAACCUGGUUCUUGUUACACAUUGGUUGCAUUGCCUGAAGAGGACCCAACAGCAGUGGCCUGUACAUUCAGCUGUAUGAUGAAAUUUACUGUCAAAGACUGUGACCCAAACACCGGUGAAGCUGAGGAUGAGGGCUAUGAGGACGAAUAUGUGCUGGAAGACAUUGAGGUAACCAUAGCAGACCACAUCCAAAGAGUUCUGAAACCAAAUUUUGGAGCAGCCUGGGACGAAGUCGGUGAUGAGUUUGAAAAAGAAGAGACUUUCACAUUAUCCACUGUUAAAACAUUGGAAGAGGCAGUAGGCAAUAUUGCGAAGUUCCUGGGGAUGCAGCCCUGUGAACGCUCAGAUAAAGUGCCUGAAAACAAGAACUCUCAUAUAUUGUACCUGGCAGGUGUCUUUCGGGGUGGUCAUGAUCUUUUGGUUCGUUCUCGCCUUGUCCUGACAGACACUGUGACAAUGCAAGUCACAGCACGAAGUGGAGAAGAACUUCCUGUGGAUGCUGUCAUGGCCUCUGUUGGCUAAAUUCAUUUUAGGACACUGCGCUUCAGACUCCAAAGCUGAAGGGGGUGCUGGGAAACUCUUCCCUCUAUUCUGGACCCUGGGAGAAUCACUUCAACAUUAGUUUCGGCUCUUUGUCUAAUUAGAAGGGGGGGGGGAUAGCAUUGUGCGUUUAAAGCCAGAGGAGCAUUUUUAAGUUAUGAUCAAAGGUUUUAUGAAACAGUGAAUGGGUGGUUUUUCAGAAUCUCUAGGCCACUUCAAGAGAAUCAGUUCCUCUUUCAUACCGAACUGCAGGACUCCACUACCCAAAGAUCCUAUACUUCCCACCAGCUUCUGUUGUGGUAGCCUCAUGUCAAAUCCCUUCUGUGAUCAGUACACUGAAAAAUCUUUAAAAUUAGUGCAUUUAAUUAUUGCCAGUUUGUGUGAUUUAUAAUUUUUAAUGCCCUUCAGAAUAGAUUAUACAAAUAAAAGCAUGACUUCUUUUGAUCAUGCUUCUAGAGUUUAGCUUCCUUUCAAUAGCAUUAGAGUAUCAGGCUAACCUUCCUCUAAUGAUAUGUACCCCCAUAUGAAAAUCCAGGAAAAGAUGCCUUCCUGUUGUAUUUGAAGAAAAAUAAGUGCCUGGAGAGGUAGCAUCUCCUGCCCACAUCAGACUGAAAAGAAAUCCACAAAGUACGAUUGCUCGGGAUAUAUUGCUUGAUAAUCAAAACUGGCUGAUUCAAUGCCUUCUUCUUUUAAGAGAGUUUUCCCAAUACCAGUUUUUGUUUGAGUCCUAGAAGGGAAGUUGUAAAACUGCAUAUAAAUGUAGCCUGAUGGUCUUUGGGGUGGCAUAAAAAGCUGAUCCAGGAGGCAACGAUUAGCAGUUAAAAGGCUGUGGAUGGCAGAAGAUGCCCUUGCAAACACACAUUUUGAACCCCACAGGAUGAUCUGGAAUGGAGCAACAGCAGAUGGAGAAAUCACCAGGGCCAGAUGGCAUCCACCCAAGAGUUCUGAAGGAACGCAAAUGUGAAAUUUCUAAUCUCCUAGCAAAAUUAUGUAACUUGUUCCUACAGUUAGGAUCUGUACCAGAGGACUGGAAAGGAGCUAAUGUAACUCAGAUUUUCAAACAGGGAUCCAGGAGGGAUUUGGGAAACCAUAGGCUGGUUAGCUUAACUUCUGUGCCUGGUAAACUGAUGGAAAGCAUACUUAAGGACAAAAGUAUAUAGAACAGGCUCUGCUGAAGGAAAACCAGUAUGGUUUCUGCAAGUAUUGUCUUACUAAACUUUUGGAGUUCUUUGAGAGAAUAAACAAGCAUGAGGAUAAAGGUGAUCCAGUUGACAUAGAAGUUAUUCACACGUGCAGGCAAAAAUGGGCUAAGGAAGCCCAGCCCAGUUUUGCCUGCAUGUGUGCACCGCCAGGAUCGGGCCCAAUCCUGGCAGCACCUCAGCAGCAAAACCACCUAGGCAGCCACCCUCUAAAACGAAGUUAGGACAGCAAGUGCUCUCCUAACCCAGUUUCUGUUAUCAUCUGCCAGCCAUGGCUGCUUGCAGCCAUGGCUGGCAGAUGGCGGAGAUUCUGGCCAGCUCCAAGGAGGGGGGAUCCCCAUAAUGCACUUGCACAGUGCAUUAUGGGUACUCCAAGGAGGGGGAUGCAUCCUGCACCUUAAACCCCCAAGCUGCCGGCAGCAGCCAGUAAUCAUCUGGGCAGGCACUCCGUCCCCCAAAGAGGGAGCCCUGGAUCGUCUGCAGGGAGGUAAGCUUUUUAAGGUUUCGUCCCCGCUAACCCUCUUGCUCUUUUUCACUGCCCAUGAGAAAGGGCUCAGUGUAUACUUGGACUUCCAAAAAGCUUUUGAUAAAGCUCCUCACCAAAGGCUCUUGAGUAAACUUAGCAGUCAUAGGAUGACAAGUUAAAUUGUGAUUGGUAACUGGCUGAAGGACAGGAAACAGAGGGUAGGAAUAAAUGGACAGUUUUCACAUUGGAGAAAAGUGGGGAUCCCCAGGGAUCCCCCUUCAUUAGGAAGGGGAUUGAAAAUAAAACUGCUAAUAUUAUGAUGCCCUUAUACAAAUCUGUGAUGCAGCCACAUUUGGAGUACUGCAUACAGUUCUGGUCACCAUAUCUUAAGGAGGACAUUGUAGAACUGGAAAAAGUGCAGAAGAGGGCAACCAAGAUUAUCAGAGGCCUGGAGCACUUUCCUUAUGAGGCAAGGCUACAACAUUGGAGCUUUUUAGUUUGGAAAAGAGGCAACUAUGGGGAGACAUGAUCAAGGUGUAUACAAUUAUGCAUGGAGUAGAGAGAGUGGACGGAUAAAUUUUUCUCCCUCUCUCACAACACUAGAACCAGAGGUCAUCCCAUGAAACUGAUGGCCAGGAAAUUUAGGACCAACGAAGUUAAAGGUAAAGUCAAUUUUGACUCCUGGUACCCACGGGGCCCUGUGGUUUUCUUUUGGUAGAAUACAGGAGGGGGUUACCAUUGCCUCUUCCUAUGCAGUCUGAGAUAGGGAGGCUAUUCUCACAGUCAUACCAAAUCGGGCUAAGGGACCCUAGCCUGAUUUGGUAUGCCCAUGGGAACCACCAGGCUCGCAGCCAAGCCCGGUUGUUCUCAAGCGGGUCACCCGCUUGAAUACCCCUCCCCUUAGCCGAGGUUAGCGGAGAGAGCACUCCACUAACCCGGCUUUUUUUAUCGUGAGUUGCUGCGGCACACCUCCGCACCACAGCAACUCAUGAGGAGACCCCCGGCGGGUAGGCUGAAUGCAGCCUCCAGGCUCAGGGGGUCUCUCCAGCACGCCCUUACGCACUCGCGCAGGGCAUGCUGGAGCUUCCAGGGGCUGCACAGCCCCCGAACUCCCCAGCCCCUGCCACCUCUGUAAUGGAGCCGGCAGUCGUGUGGGCAGCUGGUUCGGCCGCAGCCGACUGACGGAUCGUCUGUGAGGAGAGCGGGCUAAGCCCUCCUUGCAAACCCCCUAUCGGCGGUUCCCACUGAUUGUGGGAACCACCUCCAUGACUUUCAGCAUCUUCCUAUAUUGCUGCUUCCCAAUCUAGGUGUUUCCCAUAGUCUGGGAAACAUAACAGCGGGGAUUUGAACCGGCAACCAUCUGCUUGUUAGUCAAGCAUUUCCCCCACUGCAUCAGUUAAGGACCAACAAAAGGAAGUUAUUUUUCACACCGCGCAUAAUGAAUCUAUGGAAUUCUCUGCCAUGGGAUGUGAUGAUGGCCACUAGCUUGGAUGGCUUUAAGAGGGGCUUAGGCAAAUUCAUGGAGGAAAGGACUAUCAGUGGCUACUUGUCUGGUGGCUGUGAGCCACCUCUAGCCUCAGAGGCAAGAUGCUUCUGAAUACCAGUUGCAGGGGAGCAACAGCAGGAGAGAGGGCGUGCCUUCACUUCUUGCCUAUGGAUUUCUCAGAGGCAUCUAGUGGGCCACUGUGUGAAACAGGAUGCUGGACUCAGGCCUUGGGCAUGAUCCAGCAGUUUUGUUCUUGAGGCGAUCCUCACGAUUGGCAAAAAAGUGGGCUAAGGGAGCCUAGCCCGCUUUCUGGUGAGCGUGAGAACUACCCGGCUUGCAGGCAAGCCCGGUGUCCUCAAAGCGGGUAACCCGCUUACGGAGCCCUCCCCUUAGAUGAGGUUAGCAGAGCAAGUGCUCCGCUAAUCCUGUCUAUUUGAUCGUGUUUCGGCGCAGUGCCACUCUGCACCGCGGCAGCACACGAGAAGACCCCCGCUGGGAGGCCGAAACAAGCCUUCUGGCCCUGGGGGGUCUCUCCAGGAUGCCUCACGCGCUUGCACAGGGUAUCCUGGAACUUCCAGGAGCCACACGGCUCCCGAGGAUCCCCACAGCCCCUGCCAGCUCCUUGACGGAGCAAGCAGUCAUGUAGGUAGCCAAUCUGGCUGCCCAGGGCUUCCUGCCUGAUCGUCUGCCUAACCCGCUCUCGGUGAGUCUCACUGAUCUUGAGACUCGCCUCAAUAUGUUCUUAGAGCUAGGCACCCCUCGCUUCGCUACAAAUCACCUCCCAAAGCAGGUGUUCGUGUUAAAAAAAAUAAUAAUCACAUGUUACCAUAACAUAUAGUUUGGCUAGAAAACAUCAGGUUAUUAUGUAAUUAGUCACUUUUAUAUUGCACAAGAUCUGGAAAAAGCAACGGCCCAAUAAAUUACUGAUCUCUGAAGUAAUUUCAUCUAAAUGCAACUCACUUUAAUAAGACAGCCUGAGUUUUUAUUCUGUGACAGGACAUCCACUAUUGUUUUGUAAAGUUACUUUGUGCUUGAUUUGCAAUGGUCCUCCCACAAAUAUGGCUAACUCCAUGGUUUGUUUUACUUGGCCUAGUUUUGUACAUAAAGUGCCACAUAACUGAAGAUUAAAUUACGUAUAUUGCA